AAAAAAAAACAAAAAAUUGGUGUGUUACUGUGAAAAGCGGGUGACGUUGUUGUUGGUCCAGUUGAGAGAUAACAUAACAUUACAUUACAGGAGACAGACAACAAUUGUCUCUGUUCAACUUCAAAGCUUCAAUUCUCGCUCCAAACUCAUCUUCUGAAGGGGGAACAGCGAAAAUUAUACUGUCCGAUUGCAUUGGUUCUCCUGUGGGUUGGAUCUAUCGAUUAUGAUUAACGAGUAACUCAAUGUGUGGAAGGAUAUGAGCCUAAUAUCACUUGGUGCAUCUUUGGCUUUGUGAUUUACCUGCGGCCAGUGGCAAAGUUUUAUGUAAUUUUGUCUCAAAUAGUGAUGGAGGCUGUCAAAGUUCUUUCACACUCCAAAACUGUACCUUUUGGUUUCUCUAUUGUGAGCAACAACGUCUCUCUGAGACCUUUUAACAAACAAUGUCAUGCUGGUGUAGUUAAUAACAGUAAUCAACUCCACCCAAGACCUAAGCGCGUUAGUUUUCAAUUGAAUAACAGCUAUGGAAACCCUUUUUCCUCGUUACUUAAACAAACAACAAAGAGGGCUGAUUUGUUACCUCUUCCCAAAUGCUCAAUUUCCAAUGAAGCCAGCAUAGAUUCUAGUAAUCCAGUCCUAAAGUACUUCAAAAAUAUAUCAUUUGAUUCGAUAAAAGAUACUGUUUCUAGUAAUCCAGUCUUAAGGUACUUCAAAAAUAUAUCAUUUGAUUCGAUAAAAGAUGCUGUUCUGCAGUUGACUCCAAUUGAUAUAGUGAAGUUGACGGGGAUAAUAUCCGUCAUAACUACAGCCACGAAAUGGACUAUUAAUAUGCUCUUAAAUCCUUUCUUCUGGAUGUAUGUUAGCUGGACUUGGAUUUACUGGCCAUGGUUGGUGGCUAUAGUGCUUGCAGUUUAUGGGUUAUACUGCUUUUGGAAACACAUGCUUGGUGAGGCAAACAUAUUUGAGCAAUUGGUGAUCGUCACAUCAACUUUUACAUGGCUCACCCUUGUUCCACCAGCUUAUUUCAAUGGCUACCUUGAAGGCUGGCCUUUGGUUUUCUUUUUUGUAUAUCAUUACUUCUUUUUCUUCAAUGUUAGUGUCCGGAACCAGUUAUAUGGAGAUUAUUAUGCUCGCCGUCAUGACCCAAAAUGGGAUGUGAACUUGCCCAUGUGGUCUCGCCUUUUGUUCAGUGCAGGAAUCAUGAUUGGCCAUUGGCUUGCAGCAUUUGAAGGGCCAGAGCUUAACCUCGCACCAGGUGGAUGGAGCAAUCUUGGAAUCUGGGCUUUGAUUAUUCCAACUCUGCUGUUUCAUUAUAACUCCACAUUGUAUCUUGCUAAGUAUUCAGAAAAAGUAGUGGUUCCAACUUCUGUUGUGCAAUUUGGACCUUAUCGCUUGUUGCGCCAUCCGAUUUAUUCUUCAACAACGCUGUUGUUUAUAACAUAUUGUGUUGCACUACGAGCACCCUUGAGUCUGCUAUUCAUUGUAGCAGUUUGUUUGUUGUAUUAUAAGCAGAAAGCAGCUAUGGAGGAGGCUUUAAUGGUUGAGACUUUUGGCCAGAGUUACACCGAAUAUGCAAGCAAAGUUAAGUACAAGUUUGUUCCUUUUAUUUAUUAGUCUGUCUCCAGAACUGUAGUUGUUAAUUGUCAAAAUCUCAUUAGAAUGACUGGUUUAGGCAAAAAGAUAGUGUCACUUGUUGAAGUUUAAGAUAGUGUAUGUCUUUGUUUACUCUUAAUAAUGUAAUUUUUAGUAUGUUUAAUUUAAUCUUUAUACUAUGGGUCCCUGUGUACUUGUGGUGAAUUUGGUGAUUGACUUUCCAAUUUUUGGUAUUUAAUUCUUUGAAUCUGUAUACUCUUU